CAGGGUCGUUACAGUAAAGUGACUCGUGCCAGCUUCUAACCAUAACAACCAAGUAUUGGGGAGUAAUGCGGUCCUGACCUGCGUUUAGUAUUUCAGCUCUAUUAAUAGUCACCUCUUCACCACGGAGACACACACACACACACACACACACAGAGCUCUCCGGCAGGCCUCAAAUAUCACCAUCGACCGCCACCGAGUCGGGGAUCAGACCUGCUGCAGAGGCAUCGCCAGCGUUACUGAUUCUUUGUGCUCAGCGACUCAGCUGCUGUUUAACUGGAGGUUGUUUAAAGGCGGAAAAAGGCAGCAAACCUCCUCCUCUUCCUCUGCCAGCCUCUAUUUCCUCUGGAGAAAGAAGGGCCAGUCGGCGUGUGCUGCGGCGGAGGAAAGGUGGUUGACAGCUCCUGAGAGACCGGAGCUCCUCAGACAGCUUAGCGACAGUCCCGUCGCAGGCUCUCCGGGAGGCUGUUUGGAUAUUUGGGUGCAGCCAUGUCACCGUUCCUGCGGAUCGGGUUUUCCCAGUUCGAGAUCGAUCCCGGUCUGGCUUACCAUGAAGAGGUGCUGAACCCAUACUGUGCUGUUUACAUGAAGGAGGCCAUUGACACAGAAAAGGGCCAAGUGUACAAGCAGAAGAAGCCCACCAUGUACCCGCCGUGGAGCACCACGUUUGACGCCCACGUCCACCGCGGCCGCAUCAUGCACGUGAUGGUGAAGGACCGGACGGCGGAGCUGAAGUCCGAGGCCACGGUGGCUCUGGACUCGCUGGCGACGCGGUGCAAGAAGGAGAACGGCAAGCUGGAGAUCUGGCUGGAGCUGAAGCCACAGGGCCGCCUGCGGAUGGAGGCCAGAUAUUAUCUGGAGAAAAGUGAUGCUGCAGGUCAGACUGAGGGCGACCCAGAGGAGACCCAGGAGAGAGAGGGUCUGUUCGCGCUCCACCAUCGGCGAGGUGCCAUCAAACAGGCCAAAAUCCACGUGGUCAAAUGUCACGAGUUCAGCGCCACGUUCUUCCCUCAACCGACCUUCUGCUCCGUCUGCAAAGAGUUCGUCUGGGGUCUGAACAAGCAGGGGUACCAGUGCAGACAGUGCAACGCAGCCAUUCACAAAAAAUGCAUAGACAAAGUAAUCGCCAAGUGCACCGGGUCGGCCAUCAACAGCAAAGAAACUAUGAUCCACAAGGAGCGCUUCAAGAUCGACAUGCCCCACAGGUUCAGGGUCUACAACUACAAAAGUCCCACGUUCUGUGAACACUGCGGCACUCUGCUGUGGGGGCUCGCCAAGCAGGGGCUCAAAUGUGAGGAAUGCAGCAUGAACGUCCAUCACAAAUGCCAGAAGAAAGUAGCCAACCUCUGCGGGGUCAACCAGAAGCUGAUGGCUGAGGCUCUGGCCGUCAUCGAGAGCCAACAGCAGGCCCGAAGCACCAGAGAACCUGAUAUCAUCGGUCGAGAAGGUCCGGUGGGCGUCGGCCAGCCGGGGGUGGUCCGAGCUCCAUCGGGGUUAGUAACCAGCACGGCGGCUGCAGCUACGCCUGCAAACAAAGAGGUGCAGGGGGUUGCGUGGGACGGACCGGGGGACGUCGGCAGGAUGAUGGCGGAGGCGUCGACAGGAGACGACCCUCUGUACGCCGUCCCCAAUAAGGAACGCCAGUCCAAGUUCAGCGUCGACGACUUCAUCCUGCACAAGAUGCUCGGGAAGGGCAGCUUCGGAAAGGUGUUUUUAGCCGAGCUGAAGAAGAGCGGGAAGUUCUUUGCGGUGAAGGCUCUGAAGAAGGACGUGGUGCUGAUGGACGACGACGUCGAGUGCACCAUGGUGGAGAGGAGGGUCCUCUCGUUGGCCUGGGAGAAUCCUUUCCUCACACACCUUUACUGCACCUUCCAGACCAAGGAGAACCUCUUCUUCGUGAUGGAGUACCUGAACGGAGGAGACCUCAUGUUCCACAUCCAGAACUGCCACAAGUUUGACCUGCACAGAGCCACUUUCUACGCAGCCGAGAUCGUCUGCGGACUCCAGUUCCUGCACUCUAAAGGAAUCAUUUACAGGGAUCUGAAGCUGGAUAACGUGCUGCUGGACUCUGAGGGUCACAUAAAGAUAGCGGACUUUGGGAUGUGUAAGGAGAACAUGCAGGAGGACUUGCGGACGUCCACCUUCUGCGGGACGCCCGACUACAUCGCCCCCGAGAUCCUGCUGGGUCAGAAGUACAACAGCGCCGUGGACUGGUGGUCGUUCGGGGUUCUGCUGUACGAGAUGCUGAUCGGUCAGUCUCCGUUCCACGGUCGAGACGAGGAGGAGCUGUUUCAGUCCAUACGAACGGACAACCCCGUCUAUCCACGCUGGCUCACCAAAGACGCCAAAGACAUUCUGGUCAAGCUGUUUGUGAGGGAGCCAGAGGAGCGACUGGGAACGAAGGGAAACAUCAGACAGCACAGUUUCUUCAGCAGCACCGACUGGGAUAGCCUGGAACAACGGCAGGUUGCGCCGCCCUUCAGGCCAACUUUAACGUCGCCCAGUGACUGCAGUAACUUCGACAAAGAGUUCAUCAACGAGAAGCCACGGCUGUCGUGUGCCGACCGGACGCUCAUCAACAGCGUUGACCAGACGAUGUUCAGAAACUUCUCCUUCGUCAACCCGGGGAUGAAUCGCAUUGCAGCGCGCUGACAUCCCCCCCGACCAGCAACCUACAACUACCUACAGGCAACCAGUACUUACUGGAACCAACUCAAACUGAAGAGACUUUAGACCGCGAAUGUCACAAAACUCAACUGUCCAUAAACAUGAUAACCACUAAAGGGGGGGGUCCUGGGUGCUCAACUGUCGCAGCCUCUUUGUCGCAUGUCUUUUCUGUCACUCUCCGUUUAAUGAUGUAAGGUAAAUAAAAUGAUACAGUAUACACAAUAAUCUUUUUAAAAAAAACAGACGACAAAAACGUCUGAGCUGAGACGGAGAGACAAGAAGACUCUUUAUGUAAAUAAUCCGUCUGUUGUUCGUUCUUUGGGUUCCCGUUACAAAACCGAAACAUAUUAAAUAAUCAAUUUUUUUGUGUUUUUAAAAAAGAAAACUGGAAGUUUUUUUGUUUUAUUUAUUUAUUUUGUUUGUGCUGCAGAGUUAUCAUUUUGUAUUUUUAUUUUGUUUUGAAGUGUCAGUAUUAGUUUUAUUGUUAUAAUAAUAUGAAUAAGAAUCAGGGGUAUCUGUGAAGCAGUGACUGAGCCACCGUGCUAACAAAAGAAAAACUUAAAUUUUCUCUGUUUUAAAACAGAAAAACGCCUUUUUUAAAUUUGUUUUUCUGUUUUUCUGAUUUGGUUUUGAAACCAAAGAACGAACGAUUUACGGAUUAUAAAUAAUAACAGUUUACCUGACGUCCAUUAUGUUGCCUCGUGUGUAACUCAUAGUGGCGUUAAACUUUAUCGCGAUUUAACUCCAACACAAACAUUUCCGCUGCCUUUCAGUUUAUAAGCAUAUAAUAAAUUACUGUGUAGAAUUCCCCGUAACGUCUGCUAUCAGGGUGUUAAUCAGUAGAAUAAUGUGUUGUAAUGAACUUACGGUGCCUCAUAAUACUUUAUGAAGUUCUUCAAGUAAAGCAAACCGCCAAAUUAAAUGUAUUUCCUGUUGUUGUUUGAUCUCCUGUCCUAUUCCAUUGCUGAAAGAGUCUUUUUUAAGGGUACAGAUGUUAGAAAUCCGUCGCUGUGUAAAUAGUUGUACUGUAAGUUGAUGUUCAAUCACUGUUCAUGUUUACGUGUUAUCUUAUCGUACCUCAGGAGUUUUAUUGAUCCCUGCAUACUGUAGUUUUUAUUGUUCUCUUCAUUGUGAAUCCUGUACAAUAAAAUGUGGUUUUUUUU